AUGAGUAAGCUGAAGAAACUCGAGGGAAAUCCCUCAAACUGGAAUCUCGACAGUUUCUUUCAAAACUUAGAGAAGGAACUUGACGCGCUAUCGAUCGGGGAGGAAGAUUACUUUCGAAAAUAUCCGUGGAAAUGGACGGUUCCAGAUGCAAAACACCCCGAAGUUGCGAAUGAUGAUUUUGGAAUUCCGGGCUCGGUCGAGGAGUUGGAGCAGUUGGUCGAGAAAAAAGCGUUUCGAAAAGCUGAUGAUCAUACGAAAGAAGAAUAUUUUCAGUAUUUGACAUCAGCCGACUCACGAGCAUACCUUGAAGCCCGAAUGACCCAUUACUUUGUCAACUCUGACAAAAUCCGAUCCGCCAUGGCAGCUGGAAGAACUCUUCUGGGAAAACACGCGCCCAAGGAAUUCGCUGGCCAGUUUUUGAAAGGAAAAAUCGAGUCUUACCAGGUUUUCAAGACGCAGCUAUACGCUCAUGCUCAAAAAGCGCAGAAUUUGAAUUCCGAGGGGGCGAAAAAUGCUCCAAAUCAGACGAGAUUGGGAAAAUUAAGACAAUUUUUACGAGAAAUGAUCUUCAACAAAAACCAAAUGCCAUUCGAAAAAGCCCGAUCUUUCCGUGAAAUCCUCGACGAAUUCUUCAUCGAAGACCAAGAAGGAUUCGAAUUUCCGGAUAUCGAAGGAGACGACUUGUUCUUUCGAGGAAAAGAAGAAUUCACCCCGAUUCUGAGCACGAUUGGACUGUUACUCACGACGUUUGGACUCAGUGAAAACGAAUUCCGAAAACUAGAAGCAGAUAUCACCCUUCAAGUUCAAUCACCUCUCGACUCCAAAACUCUCAAUCAAAACAAAUCCGUUUUCUACCACAAAUCAGAAGAAUUCAUCAAAAAGAAAAAUGCCAUGAUCAAGGAAAAAGAAGCAACUCUACAAACAACCAACUCUGAAAAGCCGAAAGCUGAAAAAUCAAAAAACGAAGAGCCGAAAAAGCAAAAGGCCAAGAAAACUGAGAAGAAACAGUCAAAAGCCGAGAAAUCGGACGAAAAACCAAAAAAGAAACAAAAAGAGGAAAAAAGCGAAAAACAAAAAAACGCUGAAAAAGAAGUUGAAGCUCAAAAAUCUGAUUUGAAAUCAACCACAAAGAACGACGAAAAUAGCGGCUCCCUCCAGAAAUCCGAUAAUUUGAACGAAACAAAGGCCAACUCAAUUGACUCCUCGAUUCCACCACCACCAUCCUAUGAAACCGCUACUCAAGAUGGCAGAAAGUCAAAGAAAAAAACCCCUCUUCUCAAGAAUCCUCCUCCCGGAGCGCAAAUCUGCCCUCCAACUCACGAUGACCAAAUUGAAUACAAUCAGAUGUUACAACAAACGAUGAUGGAUUACCGCCACGGGCCGGAAGGGCAAGGGCAUUUCCCUUACUAUCAUGGACCUCCUGGUCCUCCCCAUCAUCGAGGAGGCCCUCCUCACCACCGUGGAGGACCCCCUCAUCAUCGAAGAGGACAUCCCCACCACUGGGGAGGGCCGCACGGAGGACCCCCGCACCAUGGAAGACCUCAUCAUCGAGGAAGAGGAGGCAGAGGAAGAUGCAGAUCAAGAAAUCGUGAAGAAGAUUUUUCUGUUCGAAAUUUCGAGGAAUAA